AUGACGUCUAUAGUACCAACGUUUGUUGCAGUUCCUGAAGGAAUUCGACUCUUUACUCUAUAUAGUACUUGUUUUAUUGUAAUAUUAGGAAUUAUUGGAAAUAUUCUAAAUAUUCUUGUAUUUAAUACUUUAAAACUAUUUCGAGGAAAUCCAUGUUCAUUUUAUUUUACUUUUGAAUCUAUAAUGAACAUAGGAUCUCUUAUUACCGCACUUAUUUUAAAUACAAUAACCAUUACUAGAACUACUGAUACAAUCUCAUGUAAAAUUCAAUCGAUGUUAAUUGAAAUAUUUAUACCACUUUCAUUAACAACAGUAUGUUUAGCAUCAAUUGAUCAAUUUUUUUCAACAAGUCCAAUAGCUUAUUUUCGACAAUGGAAUACACUUAAAUCAUCUCGAUUAUAUACAUGUAUUGCUGUUUGUAUUUGGAUACUUCAUAGUAUUCCAAUUGGCAUAUUUAGUUAUUCUUAUAUGCGUAUUAUUUGUAUAUUAUCAGAUUUAAAAUUUAUUCAUUAUCAAUUAUACUUUUAUUAUCCAAUUUUAUUGGGUAUUUUACCUAUGUCAAUAUCAUCGAUAUUUAGUCUUUUAGCUUUUCGUAAUGUUCGUAAAAUAAUUCGACGACAGAUACCAAUUGAUCGUCGUCGAUUAGAUCAACAAAUGACCGCAUUAGUAUUUACACGUGUUAUUGUUUUAGUUGUUUUAUAUUUACCAUAUGUUAUUUAUCAUAUGUAUUGGUACAAUCCUUCAAUUAAUCAAACAAAUUACAUGUAUUUUAUAACUCUAUAUUCAAUUGGAGCAUUUAUUAAUUCAUUUAUUCUUCUUAAUAAUGGAAUUCCAUUUUAUAUAUUUUUAGCAGUAUCAUCACGUUAUCGUCGUCAAGUAAAAUCGUUUUUAGUAAAAAAAAUCUGGCGUCGAUGCAAACGAUACUAUCAUCUAAAUCGAAAUCAGAUUAUUCCUUCAAGAAAACUAUCAGACGAACUUGCUACUAACAUGGAUUAA